AUGGAUUCCACAUUCUCUCUUAGACGCUUAGCCGUCGCUACACUCCUUUGUGCUUCUCCCGCUCUCGUCAGCGCGCAGGCCGAGAACAAGGCCGCCGCUCUUCAGUCUUGCUUGACGACCGCCGGUGUCCGCAACGUCAUCAGCACCGAUGCCACCUGGGCAGAUGAGACCACCGGCUUCCAGAAGCGUAUCAAGGUCGACCCGGCCGCCAUCUCCUUCCCCGAGAACAAGGACCAAGUCGCCCUGUCUCUUGACUGCGCCCGGAAUGCUUCCACUUCAGCGUCUCCCCUCGGCGCCGCCCACUCCUUCCAGGCCUACGGCUUCGGAAACCCAGGCAGUCUGGUGAUUAGCAUGGCUGCUUUCAACUCCGUCUCUUUUGACGCUGCCACCAACCGUCUCACCUACGGCGGUGGUACCCACGUUGGCCCCGUCCUCAAGUACCUCUGGGACAACCACGGCCGUCACUUCCCCCACGUCCGAGGUGCUCACGUCGGUCUCGCUGGCUCCAGCAUCGGUGGCGGAUACGGUUCUUCUUCCCGCCACCUUGGUACUCCCAUGGACAACCUCGAGUCUGUCGAGUACAUGCUGUACAACGGCACCAUCGUCAACGCCGCUAAGGGCUCUGACCUCUUCUGGGCUGCUCAGGGUGCCGGUGCCUCCUACGGUGUCCUUCUCUCUGUGACCACCAACACCCACAAGCCCCUUUUUGAGACCGCCGUCAACUUCACCAUUAACGGCGGCCAACUCGACUCCACGGCCGCUGCCAAGGCCGUCAUCGCCAUUCAGGACUUCUCCCUCUCCAAGGACUGCCCUGAUGAGCUCGCUCUCCGCUGGUCCCUGAGCGGCCCCCCCUACACCGGCACUGGCUACUUCUACGGCAAUCCUGCCGACUUUGACACCGUCAUCGCGCCUCUUGUCACCGCUCUUAAGGCCAUCGGCAGCAACGCCACCGUCGCGAAGACCGAGCUCCCCUUCUGGGACAUGGAGGUCGCCGUCGCCGGCGCAGGCAUGAACCAGCCCAACGGCGGUACCCUCGGUGGCCGCUCUUUCUACACCCAGGCCCUGACCAUCACCACCGACCACCCCUUGACCGAGGCUCAGGCCAAGACCCUCUACGAGAGCACCACCAUCGCCUUCAACCGCACCGACCUCCGCAAGUCCGGCUUCCUCGACCUCUGGGGCGGCGUCUCUCGCGACAUCGCCGAUGCCGACACCGCCUACGCCCACGGCAAGAACCUUUGGCUCAUCCGCUGGGAGGCCAACUCCGUUGAUGCUACCUCCUACCCUGCUGACGGCACCACCUACAUGAAGGGACUCAUCAAGCCCUUCGAGGAUGCUCUCGUUGCCGGAGGCGCUCCCCUCCGUGGCUUCGUCAACUAUGCCGAUACCGAGCUCUCCGAGGCCGAGUGGAGCUCCCGUCUCUACGGCUCCAACUUUGACCGUCUCAAGCAGCUCAAGACUGUCUACGACCCUGAGGGUGUCUUUGUCAACCACAAGCAGGCUAUCCCCCUUCCUUGA